AGCAGCGGCCGUGGCAGGUGCGGUGGUGGUGGCGUGUGACCGACUUUUAAAGAAACCUUGGGGGGAGUUGGGUGGCAUCUUCAGUUGGACAUUGGCCUCCGUAAGACUAAGGAGUCAGGGAAAAGAAGUCGAAAGGGUGCGACGAGGAUAGAAGCUCUUUCAACGAGAGAGGAUCCUCCUUGUUCCAGUACUCGAGUCAAUCUCUAUUUUUCAUUAACAUUAACGAUUUAUCUACAGAUUAAUCGUAAGGAUGCGUCUAUCAACGGUGCUGGAACUGUUGUUGAUACUUUUAUUGGUAGCGUUUGCUGCUUAUGGAAGAGUAAUCGAUUCAGGCCUCGUAGCAGUGAAUCGAAGUAUACGAGCCAGCAACGUGCCUAAACAAUCUAUCGAAUCACCGAUAAUAACCGAAGCUACCGAGAACGUUAACAGAUAUUGUACGUGCAGCGACGUCAUUUGCAAUUGUUGCCGUAAUUUUCACAUCCCAUUGGUGCAAUUAAAAGGACCAGGAUGUGCUUCUUUACAAUAUCUUAAAGAUGACAAUUUGGCGGUACAAUUGAGCUUUGGCGACAACAUUCUUACAUCAACAAUUGUUAAUGGUAAAAAUCCGAAACCCGUUUGUGUGCCGUUACCGGGUGGAUUCAGCAAAUUUUGUGGAAGGGUUUAUUCGAUUAAAAGAGACGUCGACAAUCACUUCAAAGCUUGUCUUGGAUUGGAACUUCAAUCGUCAACCGAAUUGGAGGCCAGCUUACGUGUCAGCUGUUUUAGAUUCGGUCCUGAUGGUCUGAAAUUACGUCCGGCAGAACCAUUCCCAAUCGUUGAAUCUGAGCAAAGUUCCGAAGAAGACGACGACGACGAUCUUUUCGGCUUAGGUUCGGACGACGACGAGGAUGACGAUGACGAUGACGAUGACCCGGUUAGACCGAGCUUAAACUCUGUAUCGGAUAACAUUGGAAGCAACGUUGGGUCGACCGAUGAAGAAGACGAGGAAGAUGACGAUGACGAUGUCCUUGGAUUUGGUGCAUUAUUGGACAUCAUAACAGGCGAUGAUGAGAUCGUUACGAAAAAGCCAAAAGUAACAACCGCACCUCCCCUUCUGCAAUUCACUAUACCCAUUUUAACAAGACCUUCAACAGCGUCUUCAGAUUCAUCGGUAGAAGAAUCUUCAACAGGUGUUAAUGACGCAUUGAUCCUCCAAACUUUAGAUUCUCAGAAUGAUAAUCAUCAGGAAGAUUAUGGUCAAGAGUUAAACGAUAUCGAGGAACAAGUUAAUAACGAAAAUCAAGAUGGUCUUACGGAGGCUGAUUUAUUAACAGAUCUUACGACUGAUGAAUCGAUCGUUGAAACCAGUCAGAACGGGGGAACGAAUAAACUGGUGAAACCAACGAGUAAUCAUAAGAUCAAGAAAAUUGGUACGGGAAAUAAUAAAAAGCCUAGCAUUACUUCGUCAAGUAUAAAUGCGAUCAACGACGAUAUUAAGAAGAAGAAUAAGAAGAAGCCUGUGAAGAAACCGAUCGAGGACGAGGACGAAGACGAUGAUGUUUUGGAUGACGACGAUGAUGACGACGAUGAUCUGGAUGAUUUAAACGACGACGAUGACGACGACGACGACGAAGACGAAGACGAUGAUUUCAACGAUAACGAAGAGGGACAAGACGUUGAUUCCGACGAGGACGAUGAGAAGACCGACGAUCUCGAUGAUUUGGAUGACGACGAUGACGAGGAAGAGGAUGCGGUAUUGAGUGCACUCGUUGAAGAUGACAAGCCAAAAGUAAAGAAGAACAAAAUCAUAACGAAUAAAGGACAAUCGAGUCGUCCAGUCGAAGAGGAUGAUUAUUCCAUUGGUAUAACUGAUUUUCUUUCAAGGAAAAAACAAGAUGGUCGUCAAAGUAGAAUCAUGAGGCUAUAGAUAUAUUUAUCUUCGAUUGAUUUCAAACCCCAUUGUUAAAUAUCAUAAAUGACAAUUCGAGAAUUUUUUGAAAAAUUUUUCGAGCCGUGGACAUUUUCGUUCGUUGUUCAUCUCAUUUGACAUAUCCGAGCUAAGGAUAUAAUUCUCGAGGAUUUCGUUAUUGAACUUAGAUAAUUUUCACUUUCAUAUUUUUCUUAGAAAUUUCUUGUUGUUAUAGGAUACGCAUAAAGGAUGACUGAUUAUAUCUAACUACAUUUGUGAAUACGGAAAAAAGAUUGUCGAAUUUUUCAACAUUUUCUUUUCUUUUCCUUUUUUUCUUUUUCUUUUUUUUUUAAUUCUUCUUCUAAUUCUUCCUAAUAAGAAAAUAUCCGAUGAUACGUUAAUCGACGUAAUUGAAAUAAAUCGAAAAUUCGUCAGACAACCUCUGCCAUAAUGCGACGCUUCGCAUCGUUUGAUAUUAUUUAAAACAAAUCGUAUUUAUUAUACACAUACACACACACAAAUACACACGAAUAUUAUUUAAUUAACUUAUUGAAUUUGUACUUAGGUGCUAGGUAAUAAAGACUUACACGUUCAAAAGGAA